AUGCGCUGCACAGCUGAAGAGCAACAGCAGGCCGGUAUAUCCUCCUCUGGCAGCGACUUCACGAGACUGCACAUUACCCCCCUGGACCCGGAGCUUCUCAAGAUCAUUGUACCGGCGUCUUCGCUCCCCAAGGCCCAGAACAUCUCAUUCCAUACCAUACCGACCUUUUCCGAGAACCGAUACGGCUACGUCGACCUACCGCACGCCGACGCCGAAAAGAUCAAGGCCAAGCUUAACGGAGCCGUGCUUCGGGGCACCAAGAUUCGCAUUGACAAAGCCCGGCCGGAGAAGAGGACGGUAGGCCCGCCAGACACGAUGGGUGGUGAGACAAAGAAAUCGAAAAAGUCGUCGUCGGUGGACGCCUCGUCGGCCAAGAAGCGCAAGCGCGACGAGAAGGAUAAGGUGAUCGCGGCUGUGGCUCUGACAGAUCGCAAAGUCAAGCGCGGAUGGACCGAGACGCCAGCCGAGUCGGCCAAGCGCACGAAGAAAGAGAGGUCGGACAAGAGCAACAAGAGGAAUAGCAAGAGCAAAGAGGACGGUGGUGGGGAAGAGGCAGCGGAAAAGGAAAGUGAAAAGGAGAAGAAGAAGAGGGAGAAGAAGGAGGAGAAGAGGCGGACAAAGAGCAAGUAUACCGAGCAGGCAGAGUGCCUCCUCAAGACCAAGAUUCCGGCCAACGCUACGAAAAACCUGCCCAACAGCGACGACCCCGACAAGAAGAAGAGGAGGAGCAGCAAACCAGGGACUGCCCGGGAGGAGAUCAUCCACGAGUUCGAGAGGACAACCAAAUUCCCCAGCUUCCUCAAGGAUUCGACUGGCCCUACAUCUGCGCACCCUGCUGCAGCGGAAUUCGUCGAGGGCAAAGGGUGGGUCGACGAGGAUGGAAAUGUGGUCGAGGCCGCGCCUAUCAACAAGAGACCCAUCACGCCCGCCAAGAAGAAGAAGAAGGCUGCGCCUCCUCCCAAGCCUGUUGUCGGGGAAGACAGUGAUGACGACGACGACACCAGCAGCAGCGGCACCUCGUCGUCUGGUUCGGACAGCGAAAGCGACUCGGGCGAUGAAGACGAGGAAGAGGAGUUCGUCAAGGGACAGCAAGCAACACCCUCCCUCAAGAAGACGACGGCUGCGAAACCCUCCCCCUCUCCAAACCUCAAGCUCGACAUCCCUCCCAAGACACCCGCCAAGGAUGCCAGCAAGGGGAAGGAUAAGGAAGCAAGCAAGGGAGAAGUGCACCCCCUAGAGGCUCUGUACAAGCGCAAGAAGCCCGUGGAAGGCGACGCCGCCACCGUGGAGGAGACCCCCGGCCAAUCUCAGCCGUUUACCUUCUUCGGCGGAGACGACAUGGACGAGGAUGGAGAAGACGGGGGCGACGCGGAAGCCGGGGCCGGCAAAGAGUCCAGGGAUGCGUCCAUGCCCAUUCCCAUGACCCCGUUUACGCGCCAGGACUUUGAGUCGAGAAUCAUGAGGAGUGCUGCCCCCACACCCGAUACGGCCCACCCCGAACGCAUGAAUAGCAUCCCAUGGCACCUUGAAGACGACGAGGAUGAAGACGGCGACGACGACGACAACGAGGAAGAGGGUGGUGACGGUACCGCCCACGGAUCAACUGAAUUCCAGACAUGGUUCUGGAAGAAUAGGCGGGAUCUCAACCAGUCGUGGAUGAGACGCAAGAAGACAGCUGCGAAGGAGAAGAGACAUAAGGAGAAUAAGGCUCGCGCGUCCAAGGCUGUAUAG